AGUCCUCCUCCAUCUGCAGCUCUGCAGAACGCAACACCCACCUCGCAACAACGACCACAGGGGGAAAGGACGGCCAAACUAACGGCAAGAGACAAUGACAAGACGACAGGAGAGGUGAACACAGACGGAGACAAAUCAACAAGGAGCAAGACGAACAGAACGACAGACCUGAAGAAGAGGAGAACAAGAAGGUGGUGGUGUUACGGUUGAGAUGGAGCUGUGGCGCCACUGUGCCGUGUGGCUGAUAGAGUGCAGGGUGCUCCCUGAGAGUCACAGGGUAACGUGGGACAGUGCUCAGGUGUGUGAGUUAGCCCAAGCUCUGAGGGAUGGAGUCCUGCUCUGUCAGCUGCUGAAUAACUUACUACCCCACGCCAUCAACCUCCGAGAGAUCAACCUCCGUCCCCAGAUGUCCCAGUUCCUGUGUCUGAAGAACAUCCGUACGUUCCUGGGGGUGUGCCAGGAGAAGUUUCACCUGAGGAAGACUGAACUGUUUGAAGCCUUCGACCUGUUUGAUGUCAGAGACUUCGGCAAGGUGAUAGACACCUUGUCCAUUCUGUCCCACUCACCCAUCUCCGUCCGGAAGGGUUUCCAGUCUUUCCCAAUAGAAGGCUGUAUUACUGAUGAUGAUAUCUACAACGGUCUCUCUGACCAGAUUGAUGAAACAGUGGACGAGGAUGAUGAUCUUUAUGACUGUGUGGAGGAUGAGGAGAAUGAGGGGGAUGAGAUAUAUGAAGACCUGAUGAGGGCCGAUGAGCCAUCGGAGACGCAGCAGAAGAUGGAGGUGGAUAAGAGAGAAUGCUGCCUGCAGGAGAUCAGACUGACAGAGGAGAAAUACACUGACACACUGGAGUCCAUAUUACAGCACUUUAUGAAGCCCCUCCAGAAGUUCCUUCAGCCUCACGACAUAGAGAGCAUCUUCAUCAACACGGCGGAUCUGGCUGUAACCCAUCGUAGUCUGCUGGGGGAGAUCCAGACCUCUAUCUUAACCCUGAAGGCCGAGAACCUUUACCAGGUCUUCAUCAACUAUAAAGAGAGGUUGUUGCCGUAUGGGCGGUACUGCAGUCAGGUGGAAGCAGCUACUAAACACCUGGACAAGAUGUCCGCCAUGAAGGAAGGAGUCAGAAUGAAACUAGAGGAGUGCUCUAAGAGGGCUAACAGUGGCAGGUUUUCUCUGCGUGAUCUACUCAUGGUUCCCAUACAGAGAGUCCUCAAAUACCACCUACUGCUCCAGGAGCUGGUGAAACACACCUCUAGCACUACAGAGAAAGAAAACCUUCGGACAGCUCUAGACGCCAUGAGAGACCUGGCUCAGUGUGUGAACGAGGUAAAGAGAGACAAUGAGAUCAUCAAACAGAUCACCACCUUCCAGUUGUCUAUAGAGAACAUGACUCAGUCUCUGGCUCUGUACGGACGACCCAAGAUAGAUGGAGAACUGAAGAUCAGCUCCUCAGAGAAGAAGUCCAAACAGGACAGGUAUGCGUUCCUGUUUGACAAGGCCAUGCUGGUGUGUAAGAAGAAGAGUGGAGAGACGAUGGAACUGAAGGAGAUUAUAGACCUGCAGUACUUCCAGCUACGAGACGAGACCACCGGGGAGAAGGACAGCAAGAAGUGGUCCCAUUUUUUCCUGCUUAUAGACUGUUAUGGGAAGUCAGGAUACGACCUGUUCUUCAAGACCAGAGAUCUCAAGAAGAAAUGGCUGGAGCAGUUUGAGAUGGCCCUGUCCAACAUGUGUCCAGAGAACUGUACUGCCAACAGUCAUGACUUCCAGAUGCACUGCUUUGAAGAUACCACCUCCUGCAAGGCCUGCUGUAUGCUUCUCAGGGGGAUAUUCUUCCAGGGCUAUCGUUGUAGUCGUUGCAGAAUGGCCGCUCAUAAAGAAUGUCUGGGAAGAGUACCAGGCUGCGGACGCAACACAGACCACUCAGGGACCGUGAAGAAGAAUAAGAAGUCAGCUUCUCACAGACAAGCCAGUCCAGGCCUUCCUAAAAUGGAGGUGUGUCAGGAGUACUAUGGUUUGCCUCCGCCCCCUGUAGCGUUCGGCCAACCACUGCACCUCUCCAUGGGUGAUGUCAUCGAACUGACAAGAGCCGAGGCCGACCUAACGUGGUGGGAGGGCAAGAACGUGACGAUUGGUCAGAUGGGUUGGUUCCCCUGCAGUAAGGUCCAGCCCUUCAUCUCUAGACCAACUCCUGACCUAUCCGACUUCCUAUGGUUUGCGGGGAACAUGGACCGGUCAGCGGCGAAGAACCUCCUGAUUUCACGGUCGGACGGAACGUUUCUGGUCCGCCAGAAAGACGGAGGAGAGUUCGCAAUCAGCCUCAAGUUUAACAUGGACAUCAGACACAUCAAGAUCACGUCAACAGAAGGCCUCUACCGCAUCAACGAGAAGAAAGCAUUCAAAGGAUUAAUCGAGAUGGUUCAGUUCUACCAGCAACAUUCACUAAAGGAGUAUUUUAAAGAUGUGGACACCACCCUCCAGACCCCCUUCAACCAGCCUGAACAGAGUGACACACCCUUCAACACACCCUCCCCAGGUGGAAGUAUGCGUUCAUUCGGCACAGCUAGGGCCAGGUAUGACUUCUCAGCCAGGGACCGUACAGAGCUGUCUCUGAGAGAAGGAGACACAGUCAAGGUCCUGUCUAAGAAGGCUCACAAUGGAUGGUGGAAAGGAGAGGUCUAUGGACGGGUUGGUCUGUUCCCAGCUAACUAUGUAGAAGAGGAUUACUCUGACUACUGUUGAUGUUGCCUCACAUCUCCACCUGUGUGACUAUUGCUGAUGUCGCCUCACUGUCACACCUUCACCUGUGUGUGAAAGAGACAAUGUGUCCCAAUUCAAUCCCUACCCCUUCCCUUGGCCCUAACCAGUGCAGUCAAAAAUGUGAUUUUACUGUUUGUUUUUUCAACAAUAUUUUCACACUAUGAGUUCGAAAUAACACUCUGAAAUUGUGAACAAAUAUUAUAAUGUCCUUGUAGGUUUUUGGAAAAACAGUUCAGGUGGGAUGGAGAUUUUGGCCCAAAGCAUGACAUCACAAUCUGAUCAGAUUUUUCUGACCAAUCAUCUUUUAUUUGCAUAUGUAUCCCCCUACUUUGAAGGGGUAAGCAGGGUAGGCUCUAGUGCAGGGAUGGGCAACUCCAGUCCCACUUUUUCUCUAGCAAACACAGCUGAUUAAACUGACUGUAUUCUGAACUGAAGAUCAUUACUGGAGUCAAGUGUAUUAGCUGGGGCUGAAGUGUGACACCAAUCAGGCCACUGAGGACUGGAGCUGCCCAUCCCUGCUCUAGAGUCUAGACAAUCCUAUCCGCCAAUCAGGGCUGUGUAUGUAAAUAUAUUAAGAUUUCUAUCAACACGCCGACACGAUCAGACUGAGCAUUCCAAUGGCAAAAGGAGGCUCAGGGAAAUAAAUCAUAAAACAUUUAUUUGAAGUUAUUUUCAUGAAAUAAACACAGUGAUUUAUUAGACAUCCAGUGAUGAUUUAAAAUAACAAUGUAAAAGACUGCGUGGAGGCGUUAAAUGUUUGCCUAGAUCUGCAAGAUAGAGGCAAUAUGGUGGAAGCUUUACCACUACCAUAGAGAAUGAUAGAGGCCUCUAGUGGCCAAAAGGUUGUAUUAGCAUGGGGCAACACCAUUGAGGGCUUCCACCAUUUUAAUAUAGUCAACUGGCUGGGACUUCCAACUUCAUUGGCUGAUCCUUCCUGGUGACCUUAUUGGGAGUCAUGUGCAACCCGGGUCAUCAGGAGGUAUCAGCCAAUCGUGAAGAAGAAAAUGGACUACUUCAAAAUGGCCUUAAUGGCACUGCCCAUGAUGUCACGGACGCCGUAGUGGGACGGAUACAAUGAUGCGGCCUCUUUCCAUCUCUAUGACCCCCACUACACACGGAUACAGCCCCUUCAGACAUGUUAACAUCGAGGGACCCCUGGCUUCCUCCUAUGUGUAGAACUCAAUGCACUGAUUCAAUGUUUCUGCUGUGAAUAAAACCUCUGACUUA